GGGGGGAUAACCUUCCUGAGCAACGCAAAGGGGAAGGGCAGGCAUGUCCUUUCCUAUGGCUGGAACAAGGGCCCUUCUGAUGCUGGAAAAUUUCAUAGAUGGGAAAUUUUUACCUUGUAGCUCAUACAUAGAUUCCUACGAUCCCUCUACAGGGGAAGUGUACUGCCGAGUGCCAAACAGUGGAAAAGAAGAGAUCGAAGCAGCGGUGGAGGCCGCCAGAGCAGCUUUUCCGGGCUGGUCCUCCCGGAGGCCCCAGGAGCGCUCGCAGGUGCUGCAGCGGCUGGCGGAUUUGCUGGAACAGUCCCUGGAGGAGCUGGCCCAGGCUGAAUCCAGGGACCAAGGGAAAACCCUAACCCUGGCGAGAACCAUGGACAUUCCCCGGUCUGUACAGAACUUCCGGUUCUUCGCUUCCUCCAUCCUGCACCACACGUCCGAGUGCACACAGAUGGACCACCUGGGCUGUCUCCACUACACGGUUCGGACCCCCGUGGGCAUCGCUGGUCUGAUCAGUCCCUGGAAUCUGCCCCUCUACUUGCUGACCUGGAAGCUGGCUCCAGCGAUCGCUGCUGGCAACACUGUGAUAGCCAAGCCCAGCGAGCUGACUUCUGUGACCGCGUGGAUGAUGUGCAAACUCCUGGAGAAAGCAGGUGUUCCACCAGGUGUUGUAAAUAUUGUGUUUGGAUUGGGACCCAGGGUAGGCGAGGCGCUGGUGUCCCACCCAGAGGUGCCCCUCAUCUCUUUCACUGGGAGCCAGCCCACGGCCGAGCGGAUCACACAGCUGAGUGCUCCCCACUGCAAGAAGCUCUCGCUGGAGCUGGGGGGCAAGAAUCCUGCCAUCAUCUUUGAAGAUGCCAACCUGGAGGAGUGUGUUCCGACCACAGUCAGGUCCAGCUUUGCCAACCAGGGUGAAAUUUGCCUCUGCACCAGCAGGAUCUUUGUCCAGAAGAGCAUCUAUAGUGAAUUUUUAAAGAGGUUUGUAGAAGCUACCAGAAUGUGGAAAGUUGGCAUUCCCUCUGACCCAUCAGCCGACAUGGGAGCUCUGAUCAGUAAAGCUCAUUUGGAGAAAGUCAGAAGUUACAUCAAGAAAGCUCGCAUGGAAGGGGCCCAAAUUCUGUGCGGUGAGGGAGUGGAUAAGUUAAACCUCCCCCCCAGGAAUCAAGCAGGGUACUUCAUGCUUCCCACGGUGAUAACAGACAUUAAGGACGAGUCCUGCUGCAUGAAGGAAGAGAUAUUUGGUCCGGUGACGUGUGUCGUCCCCUUUGAUAGUGAAGAGGAAGUGAUUCAAAGAGCCAACAGUGUUAAAUAUGGACUGGCCGCCACGGUGUGGUCAGGCAACGUGGGGCGUGUCCACCGGGUGGCCAAGAAGUUACAGUCAGGCUUGGUCUGGACCAACUGCUGGCUCAUCAGAGAGCUGAACCUGCCUUUCGGGGGGAUGAAGAGUUCUGGUGUGGGUAGAGAAGGAGCCAAGGACUCUUAUGAAUUCUUCACUGAAAUCAAAACCAUCACCAUUAAACACUGACCUUGGCCAUUGGAGAAGCUGUUACAGUUGACGCCUGGCUGCAGAGAGAAUCAGUCAUCCAGUGUGGUGAACGGAAUUCCUGGCAUAAAUUUCAGCCACGUCUUGACUCAGCAGAAGGUUAUCUCUAUAGCUUAUCCUCUGUACUUAGUAUUUUUACCCUCUGGUGAAGAGAUGCAAUCUCUUUUCACUGAAGAGUUGAAGAAUAGGAAGGCACAAAAAGGAAGCCAGACAAUGAUCAGGCUCCUCUUAACUUGUGUCUUCGUAGUAUUUUUUCAUCAUUUUGAUAAAAUUCUUGGAAAUUCACAGAUAACCAGAUUUAUUUUUUUCAUUUGCAAGUAUACGGUAAAAAUAAAAAAAAUAAUCUACAAAGCCAAGAGAAAUCACCAUAAUUUCUACCUUUGGGGAGAUUGUAGAGGUUGUUUCCCCAUCCAUCAGACACGGGCAUGGCUCACUGGUAAUUGACUGUACCUCAUUAUGCAAGGGGGCCGUGAAUGUUGAUGAUGUACUUUACGUGGGGUUUGUCAGAGCAGGCAUAUAUGGUAGGUCUCACUAAAUAUAUCUGUAUAAGGACAAAGAAGAAUAAAAUAACUACUACUUUUGGAGGAAACUUAGAACAAGGAGAGUUUGAUCCAUUCCUACUAUGGAGACUAAUCAAUUCCAAUUCUUAGCGUAUGUAUCUCAGGAGACUUAAAAUUUACUAAUCCUAAAGGAAGCAAUAAAUGUUAAGCAAUUUUAGUAAGUAGUAUGGCA